AUGUCCUCGUCGUCGCGCAAGAUCUCCUCCGAGUCGUUCAGCAGCUCGGUGGGCUCGGACUGCGGGCUCGAAAGCCCCGGGGGAGACGGAGGGGACGGUGGUUUCGAGCCGGCGGAGGAGAGCCGAGGCUGCCCCUUCUCCGCUUUCCCCUCCUCCCACAGAGCGGUGCUCUGGAACGGCCGCAGCCUCGCCGAGAGGUCGGCGUGCCCGGCGGGCGAGGAGCAGCAAGGAACCGGUGGACCCCACAAGAGGGCCACCAGGAGGAGACGGGUGAACCUGGACUCGCUGGGGGAGAGCCUGAGACGGCUGACCUCACCCACGACACAGACUGUUCAGGAAGCUCUACAGCGAACUCUACAAUUCUACAAACAACAAGAGAUCAGGUGUCAGGAAGUUGGCGGUGAAGAGAGGCGACGAGAGAAGAGAGAGGAGAAGUGCCCAUUUCUAGAAAAUUCUGGUUCAGAGGAAGAUGUCCUGCAAAUCCUACAGUACAUGGCCACCAUGCUGGGAGUACCAUUCUGUGAGCUGCGAGAACAUUUCGGAGAGGAGUUCUUUGGCCUUUGCUUUGAAGAAAAUGAACGAGUGCUUCGGGCUGUAGGCGGCAACCUCCAGGACUUCUUCAAUGGUUUUGACGCCAUUUUGGAACACAUUCGCACCUCCACGGGGCGCCGUGCCUCAUCUGAGAGCCCGUCCUUCCAGUGCAAGGAUCCCCACGAGGAGGAAAAAGGGCAAAGAAAAUUGAACAAAGUUGGAGAACGAGGAGAAAGAAAUGGAAGAGGGAGGGUGUUGCUUCUUCAUUGUUUCAACCCUGCUCCUGUUGUUGGAUUGGUCAUGCCAGGUUUGAUCAGAGCUGUUGCCAGGCGGAUCUUUCAUUCAGAAAUUGAGGUGGAAGAGGUGCCGCCUCUAACUCCCUUGCUGCCCAAUGAAGAUACGGAACACACGGAUGGUGACUCCACAACCCCCACUCCAACUGCAUCCCCCAUUGCCUCACCCUCCUCGUCCCCAUCCCCUCCCUCUCCUUUUUCAACCUCUGUUCCAACAGUUUGCUUGUCCUUCCAAAUCCAGGAGACAUGCCCUCCUUCCCUCUCAUCCCUCCCAAAUGCUGCUUCAGGGAGCACCAAACGCCCCCCCCUCUCACUCUCCACCAACCCCAGUGAUCUGCGCAUUGGUCUGGCCACGUUUUGCCGUGCGUUUCCAUUCCACCUUGUCCUGGGGCCUCACAUGGAGCUACUGCAGCUUGGUGAAGGACUGAGGAGACAGGCUCGCAUUGAGCCUCACCGGAGCCUCACAUUCAGGGACUGUUUUGAGAUUGUCUCACCCAAGAUGGAGCCUUCGUUCCGUGGCAUUCUGCUGAGGCUUGCAUCCCCAUUUACCAUCCGUACAAGGCCCGAUACCACACAGGCUGGCACCAAGGAGAAGGUCAUGGAACUGAAGGGCCAGAUGAUCCAUGUGCCCGAGUCCUGCUCCCUGAUGUUUCUGGGCUCGCCACGUGUUGAUAAGUUGGAGGAGCUGAUGGGCAGGGGCCUCCACCUGUCAGAUAUCCCCAUCCAUGAUGCUACGCGGGACGUUAUCCUGGUGGGGGAGCAGGCCAAGGCCCAGGAUGGCCUGAAGAAGAGAAUGGACAAACUUAAGGCCACAUUAGAACGGACUCACCAGGCACUGGAGGAGGAAAAGAGGAGAACCGUGGAUCUCCUUUACUCCAUAUUUCCAGGUGAUGUGGCACAGAAACUGUGGCAGGGUCAGCCAGUGCCCGCUCGCAAAUUUGAUGACGUCACCAUGCUGUUCUCGGACAUCGUGGGUUUUACUGCUGUGUGUGCCCAGUGCACACCUAUGCAGGUCAUCUCCAUGCUGAACGAGCUUUACACACGCUUCGACUACCAGUGUGGCAUUCUGGACGUCUAUAAGAUCGAGACAAUAGGUGAUGCCUACUGUGUGGCAGGAGGACUUCACAAAAAGGUUGAUAGUCAUGCGAAGCCAAUUGCACACAUGGCUCUGAAGAUGAUGGAACUCUCCGAGGAAGUGCUGACACCUGAUGGGAAACCUAUCAAGCUAAGGAUAGGUAUCCACACGGGCUCGGUGCUGGCAGGUGUGGUCGGGGUUAAAAUGCCACGUUAUUGCCUGUUCGGGAACAAUGUGACACUGGCCAGCAAGUUUGAAUCGGGGAGCCAUCCGAGGUGUAUCAAUGUUAGUCCCACAACCUACCAGUUGCUGAAAGACGACCGCUCUUUUUCAUUUGUCCCUCGUUCACGACUGGAGCUCCCCGAGAAUUUUCCCAAAGAGAUCCCAGGGACAUGUUACUUCUUGGAAGCGGGGACGUCUCACAGUCAUGCCUCCUUGACCAGUUCUCGCUCUGCUCCCCCGGCCUCUAUGAGGAAAGUGUCCUACAGCAUUGGGACCAUGUUUCUAAGAGAAACAAGUUUGUAGGUACCAGACACAGACUAGGAUGCACAAUUAUUCAUUAUGUGAGAGGUUGGAUUUUAACCUGGGGAACAUGCAAGGAACCGAUCACUCAGAUCUUUGGAUAUGCAAAUGCAUUAUGUGAAAACUUGGAUUCAGGCCUGUGGGAUGGCCUGUAUGAAUCAAACUUUAAAAAAAAAAAAAAAUGCCCUCAUGAUAGGUGAAAAAAAUAUCUCCAUUGUGCAAGGGAGAUAUGGUUCAAAUGACUUGAGGAAUGGCAACUGUGCUAGUCUCACAUUGACCCUUCCCCUAGGAAGUGUAAUGAUGGGGCAAUUAGUUGAGAAAACCUUAAUAUAAAACUUAAUAUCAAGCUGGAUUUCUCAGCUCCAUGCCUGGUGUCCAACUUUCUCCAGUGGUUCUCUCUCCCAAGUGGUACCCUGACCUUGGUCUAGAGGCAACAGUGCUUGGAGAUAACCAUUUAUAUGACCACUGUUGCACUCAUUAGCAAUGGAAUUGUGCAAAUAGAACAAAUCCACUUUCCAUUAACAAAGUGGAUGCUGAGGAAUGAAGUUGUAUGAACUUUUGGAAGAUGGCAACAUUGACACAAAUGUUUGCUGUGCAUCAAGGCCUCUUGUACAAGGAAGACCACUACUGAAGAACAAUACAACUCCUCUUCCUCCCCUUCCAACUGUCCCUAAAUCAUGUCAUGCUUUACUAAACAUAGCUAAUCCUAACAUCUGCUGCUUGUUCCAUCCAUCCGUCAACCAAGGACCAGUUGGUCGGGGUGGGGAGAGAUAAAUGAGAGGCACAAAUAAGGAGAUAGGUUUGAAACGGGGUGAAUAAAGGACAAAUGCCAAAAAUGCUAAGCUGAUCUUAGAGCGUUUUAUGCUUCUAAACCACGGCAAACUAGAGCCAACAACAAUCCAGCCAUUUCACAGCAGGUAAUAUGUUUAGGACUGAAAAUUACUCCCAGCUCAGUGCCUUUUUACUGCUCAAAUCAGGACAAAUACAAGAUGGAUUAGUUUUAAAUAUUUGAAAAUAAAAAAAUAUAAGGAGUGCUUCAUUUAUUUUAUGUUUCCACUUGUUUGAAGAUAUUUUUAUGACAUUUCUGUGAGAUUAGCUAGACUGGAAAGUGAAGGAUUUGAAUCAGGCAAUGACAUGUGCCAAAGUUUAUGACCCACAUUUGAACCUGUGACCUUGCAAGUUACGGGCACCUUAUCCCAGAGAGCCACCAGGAGUCCUGACUAGUUAUGUAUUGCAUUUUGAGACAGUCAUGAAUGGCUAACAAAAUAAAUCAAGUGCUCCUGAAAGAGAUCAAAUAUUUGAAAUUCUAUUCAUCUGUUUUUUUGUCCAGAUCAACCAAUAAUACACACAAAAUAGUACUAAUAAUAUAGUACUAUACUAACUUGUACACAUAGUCACAGUAUGCACGCUUGACACAGUUCACAUUUACAUAUAUAAUCAUUUUUAAUUGCAUUGUUUUUUACCACAUGGAUAUAAAAGUAUAUACUAGCCCCUUACAAAUGUAACUAACAGGAUUGGAAUUCAAGUCUACUAAUUUGUUGGUAGACUGAGGAUGAUUUACUCAGUGGAAAUCUCAGGCUUUCCAAAUAUUCAGCAUAGCUCAGUAACCCAGACAUUGGGAAAUACAUGUCACAAGCUUUUGUCUAAGAGGAUCUCCAUAAGGUCAUCAUAAAAUGGGAAGUGAAGGGGUUGAAGUCGGACAGUGGCACAUUUGGGUGUUUAUUUAACGUAACUUACAUUACAUUGCUGCCAUUGUUUCUUCAUCAGUGAAGUACAAAUCAAAUAUCAAGUUUAUAUCAGACUUUGAAUAACUGGCUGUUAUGGGCCGAUAGAGAAAAAACAAAGCUAUUGCAGGAGGCAUUAUUUUUUACAUUUUUCAUGUUGAUAGAAACGUUUAUAUUAUCAUAAGAAGUACACACAGAUUUUUCAAAGUCACAUCCUAGUUUUAACUUAUUGUUGAUGACCAAAAAAGUUCUGAAAUAACGUUGUUUAAAAUUAAAAGUUACACUGCCUGUAAGUGUUUACCUUUUUGGUGUAAAAAAAAAAAAGAAAGCAUCACAUUUUAGCUUAAGUUACUGACAAAAUAACUUAAUUACUAAACUGUUAAUAAUUGCUCUUCAUAAAGGCAAAAUACAUUUCAUCUUGCCAAAUGACAUACUGGUUGCUGAACCUCUAAAAGAUUAACUAAAACGUGCCAAUUGAAUUCUGAGACCCCACCAGCACAGGCUAGUGUCAUUUUUUUGAGUAAAGGUUUGGUCCCUGCUGUCUGUCGUGUACGUUCAGUUGUGAAAGGGUGAGACAUUUUGAUAGCCAAACACUUCGUCAAAUCACUGGCCUUGGCAGAACAGGAGCAUGCGCUGGAUGUGCUUUUGUGUGUAAUACACAGCUUGUUGGAAAACAUCGGAAGGAUAAUUUGCUUUGGACAUAAAAACUAACGCCCAUCUGGCUGAAAAUUUCACUCACUAAUGGGCAUUGUCUGACUGAGAUUGACACCAGCACAACAAAGUAAUGUGCCAUAUUAGAGGAAAAGAUUGGAGAAGAGGGAAAAAGAAAAGUCAGAAGGAGUUGAACCAGAGAAGGGUUACAAGUGCCAGAAAACUUUGGUCAUAGUUCAUCAUUGGGAUUAUUGCCAUUAGAUUCUCUGACACCAGUAGCAUCAGAAACACUUGCACAUUUACAGCAUGGUCUGUAGAGAUCAUGACUCCAAUGAAAAUAGACAAUUUUGCUAACAAAGAAAACACAUAUAUAAUAUAUUUUUGAGAAUAUUUUUCCAUAUACCCCCUACUCUUAUCCAUAUUCACUGUAAACAAAAAUAACUAUAUCCUAUUUUUAAUUGUUUCCUGUUGCUUAAAGGAUACUAUGCAGUAUAGAACUAACAAUGGACUAGACAAUAAUAACACCUAAAGAUAAAUCCGAACAGUCAAGGGGGGGCAACCAUGUAAUCUUAAAACAAGUGGUAACUCAAAAUUUAAAUCAGUAGAUUAUUUUGGGGAGGCUUGCUACAUCUCUUAGAAGGCAGCAUAAUGUUGCUCACAUUUUAAUGCUUUGUGGCAACAAAGCCAAAACAGUUCCUGAGACAGUUCCUAUAACGUUCACAUUUUUUGUGUUAUUAUAGAAAACCUGAAUCUGCAACACCCACCUGGGACAUCAGUGAAACCUACAUCCUUUAUAUGUAUAAAUCAGUGGUUCAAAGGAUUGGCACUUUGAUCUCUCUCUUUAUAGUAACACUGACAAGCCUGCCCUGCAAAAAUAAAUUCUGGAUGAGUAUAAAUUGCCAAGUUCACUAGAGAAUGGUUCACCAGGUUUUCCAAGAGCCCGAGGGAAGUUUCCCAUGUCUUUAAGGUCACGGAAAGUGGAUACUGGUUAGCCUUAAUUUUGCAGCUGAUUAUAAAGUAAAGUCUAAUUUCACAAAUGUUAGAGAGGCAACUUGGGCCAUUUUAUGAAAACAUCAGUUUUCACUGAGGUAUCUGAAGUGUCUUUAGCUCUGUUUUAGUUUUACCAAAAAUAUCAUAUGGACAAAUUGACCCAUAAGUAGUCCCUUGUGCGUAAGCCCAUUAUGGAGGGUUAAUCCAGAAACAAAGGACGAGCAGCAGUUUCAUGGAAGAAGAUGUACAGCAGCAUAGCUUCAUACUGUACGGUUCAAUGUCCAAAGUCCACUCCAGUCCAGGAAUCAAGUAGGCAAGAUUAGAUACAUAUAACUGAAGAAUGAUGAGGUGCCAAUUAAUUUAUGGUCAAUUAUGGCCACAGUGUUAACAAUGAUAGCAAUGUUUGCUAUUUUAGCUGACAAGUUGCCAUUGUAAACCCUCUUUGACUACACAAUUUGACUAUAAAAUCAAAUAAGCAAGUGCAAACCAUGUUAAAUCCAAUAGGGAGGGAAAAUGUGCAUGGACACUACUUUUGCAUUCUACCCAAACAGUAAAACUCUUAGGGUCCUUGCAAGAUAGGUGAACCACUCUUAAGUUUAUUUGAGAGUUAUGUUAUUGGGCCUGGGGUAGGUUUUUCCGAGGCAGGCUUUCACAUACAGAGACGCGUAAGUGCUCUCUGACUGUCAUCCUGGCCCUAUUCUAUACAGCAAACAUGCAUUAAUGUGUACUUAAUAAAUCUAUUGUAGCAUAAAUGUGGUGCAGGUGUCAUUUACACUCAACUUUCAGCAGUGCGUGAAUUCUGCAUCUAGGCUAAAUAAAGGAGGUUACACCAGCAUUACACCCACGCAACUUCCACUGCUCAUGUCUCCAAGUGUGUAAAUUCCUGGCACAAAAUUAGACGUUUGAUCAGAUCUUACACGUCUUGCUGUUAUGAUGCAGAGGUGUUGCAGGUACUGGUUCUCUAUAGUGUUGUUGUCAGUCAUGGACCACUACACCUGCAGUGCAUACUGUUUGUGGGUUACUCAUACACAGGCACACAUCACAGUUACAGUGGCAAUACAACCGAGCUGUACUGUAUAAGCUGUGUUAAACAGUCAACACAGAUGUUGUCAUGAGCCUGAGGUAAGUGUGGGCGGAUCCAGUGUCCAGUGAGACGAAGCCAAACACAUCCAUAACUCCAGCAGCUGUGUCUGCCUGUGUGAGUCUGUCUGUGUGUGUGUGUCAAACAAUAUGAGAAAACAUUGAGUUUGGCAAUGUGCAAACAUAAUGAUUUGUCAAUAAAGGCGUACUGUACCUGUAACAGAUCUGUACAAUUUGGAUAUACCAACUGAAACAUGGAAAUUGUAAUAAAAUUGUAUAGCAGAUUUUUUUUGUAUGAUUCAAAAAAUGAUUUUCACAUUUUCCACUGCUUUGCUGUCCUUCUAUUUCAGCCAGAUACAUUAUAUCCGUAUGUGUGCCAUCUAAAGCCAGGCUGGAUUUCCCAACAUGCCAGUGUCCCACCAAACCUCUUUACCCUCAAGUAAUGUCCUUUUUUUCAAUAAUUAAGGGAAAAAGGAUAGAUUUUUCAUUGACACUAUUGUAAUUUUUUCAUUCUACAUCGCAUUUUGAGUGGUUUUCUUUAAUGAUGGAUCUAUGAAACGAUUUCUUCAACUGAAUGAGCAUGACACUGUCAUUUUUAUUGAAAAAUAAAGUUGCUUAACAUAUGUUUUUUGCAGGACAUUGUUAUAAACUGGUCCCCACUGGUUUAGCAUAAGCCUGGUUUCAACAGCAGAAACAAACAUGGUUGGUGCUUGUCGUCAUUGUCCAAGGUCCUCAAAAAAAACUCAGCUCCUAGAAAGGAUGCACACUACUCCACUGAUCUUCAAUCUAUAAAGCUUCAUCCACAUGAGAAUAGUAGCUUCCAUAAAAAUUGUUCAUCAGCUGUUUUAAAAUAAAUAAGAUAUAUGGGACUUUUGAUAAGUCAUCACUUCACCGGGAACUCUCUCAGACCUCACUAUUUCGUGUGUCACAAAUCUGGUAAGUGUCUUGUGCUUUAAUCUCAUGUUGUAAAAGUAGAGAGCUGACCCUGAACAUGAACCCUGUUUGACCCUUUUGUUGGAAUCAGGUGUGUAUGUGGAAGAGGCUUGAUGACAGCUGUUCGUUUCUGACUGACAUUAAGGGCACAUCUUCUGUCUUAUAUAAUCUAAAUUAAAAACAAAACACCAAUUAUCUUUAAUAA